AAAUGAGCAGCAAAAAAAAAACCCCACCUCUUUCUUUUAAACAUAAAGAGGAGGACAGAGACGUACGCACUAUGGAAAUGACAAACCUGUGUAUUUGCAGAGCUUCUCAACACAGAAUCUAUGGAGUCUGGUCUAAGAUUCAUCUGCAGUCAGGCUUAUUUCUGACCUUUUAACCAUAACCUAGACAUUUCAUCUCUCACAAAUUUUCUUAUAGGAGCUGAAGCUGAAGCUCUCCAUAUUUAAUUUUAUUUCUUUAACAGCAGCAGAUUUGAUGGAUAAAAUGGACAAUGGUGGCCUCACUGAUAAUACAGUUUCCCAAAACAAGAUGAACAUGGAAACCAAAUCUACAGUUCUACAAAAAGAUGUAGGUCUAAUAAGUGGGAUCUGCUUGAUUGUGGGAACGAUGAUUGGUUCGGGAAUCUUCAUCUCUCCCAAGGCUGUGUUAGAGGAAACAGGAGCUGUGGGACCAUGUCUGUGUGUGUGGGCAGCAUGUGGUGUACUGGCUACUCUUGGGGCUCUUUGCUAUGCAGAGCUUGGCACCAUGAUAACAAAGUCAGGAGGUGAGUACCCAUACCUGAUGGAGGCUUUUGGACCUAUUAUUGCCUACCUUUACUCCUGGACAACCAUCUUAAUACUGAAGCCUUCAUCACUGGCAAUCAUUGCCCUAAGCUGUGGAGAAUAUGCCUCCACACCUUUUUACCCAGGGGGCACCCCACCGGUGAUUGUCAACAAAUGCCUGGCUACUGCCUCCAUCUUGUUGCUCACGAUAGUGAACUGCUUAAGUGUGAAGCUAUCUAACUAUGUACAGAAUUUCUUCACUGCAGCCAAACUCCUCAUCAUUGUCAUCAUAGUGGUUUCAGGCAUUGUUAUGCUGGCCAAAGGAAACACACAGAAUCUGCAAAAUACAUUUGAAGGAGGAACAACUUCAUUUGGGGCAAUUGGACUUGCAUUUUAUAAUGGCCUUUGGGCAUAUGAUGGAUGGAAUCAGCUGAACUUCAUUACAGAAGAGUUGAAAGACCCAUAUAGGAACCUUCCCUUGGCCAUCAUUAUCGGGAUUCCUUUAGUGUCAGUGUGCUAUGUGUUGGUCAAUAUUGCGUACUUCAGUGUCAUGACACCUACAGAGCUACUUCAGUCUUCUGCUGUUGCUGUGACUUUUGGGGAUAGAGUGCUGUACCCACUGUCCUGGGUGGUGCCAUUGUUUGUGGUCUUCUCCACUUUUGGAGCUGCUAAUGGAAGCUGCUUUACAGCUGGAAGGUUGACUUAUGUGGCUGGACGUGAAGGACACAUGGUGAAGAUUCUUUCCUAUAUCAGUGUAAAACAUUAUACACCUGCACCAGCACUCAUUUUUAAUGCACUCUUGAGUGUCUGCUAUGUAAUUCCAGCAGACAUCAAUUCUCUUAUUAAUUACUUCAGCUUUGCUCAGUGGGCUUUCUAUGGGCUCACUGCGCUCUGUCUCAUCGUCAUGCGCUUCACAAAAAAAGAAUUACACAGACCUGUGAAGGUUCCCAUAGUUAUCCCUGCUGUGGUGGUGGUUGUUUCAAUUUACCUGGUUUUGGCUCCAAUCAUUGACAAACCUGAGCUUGAGUAUCUGUACUGCACAGUGUUCAUCUUGGGUGGACUGAUUAUUUACUUCCCCUUUGUGUACUACAAGUUCGGCUGGACCCGCAGAAUCACGACUCCCCUCACACUGCAUCUUCAGCUGCUAUUGGAAGUUGUGCCACCCGAGAAGACAGAGUGAAGAAUAUCAUGAUUAAAAGGAACAGCUACUAUCCUGUGAUGACUGAAUAAUAAUUAUAUUGUUUUAAUAGGGAAUCAUUAAAAAUAAUAUUAAUAUAACUACCGGAGUGUUUUUCCUGAUUAGAUAGAUCCAUGGGCCUUAUUUAUCAAUCUUAAAUCUUAGUAAAUUUCUGGUAAAACAAAAAAUAUAUAAUUAAAAAUAAAAUUAGCAGAACAUCUGCACAUGAAAAAAAGUCUAAAUCUAGAAACAAAUUUAAUGAAUGUGUAUCAGAAUGAACAUUUAAAUAAAGAAGACAACCACAGGAACAGAGCAUGUCACACAGGUGAACUACUUCUAGUUCUAAGUCGGUGUGCUUGAAGGGUUGCAUAGAAUAAAAGACCUUCUGUUAGAUGUGGAAUUUGUUUACAUACUUAUGUCUUUGCUCCGACAGACCAGACCAGCCUCCACUUUUACUGUGGUAUUUCUUUUUCAUCACUGUAUGACUUAAUUUAUGACUACACCCUGAAUAGAAUGAAUUUUUGAUAGAAACUACAAAGUACUUCUAUAAGCUGCACUGGAGCAGUACUGUAUGUCUGCUAAAUGCUAUAAAGCAAUAAAAAAUACAUUUAUGCACCACAGUAUAUUGUAUGUAUAAAUGUCCUGUCAUACACACAUAUGAUUUGAGGUUGAUGAAGUAGAGGUUUAGAUUUGUUAGUCUUCUUCCUAUGUCUAAAUUUAGAUAGACUCAAAAGUAUAAAUAGAAUAAAAAAUGUUUUUUUUCUCCAGCUUUUAUAAAUUCACCCAUUGAACUAAAGAUCUAAAUGUUUAACUCCAUCUGCAGGCUAUAAAUGUUAAAGUGCACAGGUUGUUGUAAAUACCUUAUUAACCAUAUACAUUUUGUACUUUUUAUUCUGAUCUUUUUUCUCAGACUUUCAUUUCAUAUACCUUCUAUUCAAAAAACUACUUUUAUCUAUUAAAACAGCAUUACUGUAAAAUACAUAUGUAUGUCAACAGAUGUUUAUUUAAUAAA